CAAGUUUUGCUAAUUUCUUGGCUUAUAUUCAUGAACACGACUACUUACAGUGGGGAUUGCCGAAUAUCAUUCUUCAACAUAUCUUCUCUGGGAUUUUGGGAGAACCUAAAAUCACCUGAUGUGGUUUUUGGAUACUCACUGCCUCUCCUGGAGAUUCAAAUAAUACUUAUAUUCUUCUGUAUUGUCAUGUCUCACAUGUUGCUCAGAUGCAUCGGCAUUUCCCAGAUCGUUUCAUAUAUGAUUGCUGGAAUAAUUUUAGGGCCUCAACUUUUCGAUUUACUGGAGAAAUCUUCAGAGAAACUAUCUGCGGAUCCUGCGUUGGAUGGAACCGCGGCGUUAAGAUGCAUCUCGGUGUUUGGAAGACUAAUGUUUACGUUUCUAAUGACUGUUAGAACCAGCAGGCGAGUGGCGUUUCAUAGCGGAAAUUUGCCCGUUGUGAUUGGGAUCGUGUCCUUCUUUGCUCCUCUGUUUGGUCUCGGUUUCGUGAACCUUUUCUCUGACAACAUCGACCCUCACUACAUGCCUCUAGAUAAAGCCCUGAGCGAGCGCUUUGCGAUUGUCAUAACUCAGUCUACGAUACUUUUGCCUUCCACUACAUAUAUAUUGCUAGAGCUCAAGAUCAUCAACUCCGAGCUUGGUCGCCUUGCAUUGUCUGCAUGUGUUAUCAACGACAUCUUGGGGAUUUUUGCCAUGAUGGUCGCCACUAUACAAGCAACCUACAUUCAUGUUUCACAUGCAACAGCCUAUCGUGACAUUGUUGCAAUGAUCAUCUUCUUUCUAAUCGUUUUUCUUGUUUUGAAGCCGAUGGUGCAAUGGGUCAUAGACCGCACACCCGAAGACAAGCCAGUGAAGGAUAUAUACAUUCAUGCCGUGAUUCUGACUGUAUUUGCUUCAGCGGCUUAUUUUGUGUUUUUCAACAUGAAAUACAUCUUAGGACCAUUAAUAAUCGGCAUCAUCAUACCGGAGGGUCCACCGUUAGGAUCGGCUCUCGAGGCUAAGUUUGAGAGGCUCACGAUGAACGUGUUCUUACCAAUCUCAAUAACAUUCAGCGCGAUGAGAUGUGAUGUAGUAAGGAUCUUUAGCCAGUUCACUGACAUCUUCUUCAACAUCUUCCUAACAUUUCUUAUACUUGUCAUAAAACUGGUCGCAUGCCUUACACCUUGCUUGUACUACAAGUUACCUCUCAGUGAAUCCAUGGCUGUUUCCCUCAUCUUGAGCUACAAAAGUUUUGUUGAAUUCGUUCUCUAUGAAGCUGUAUUAGAGGAAAAGUUGAUAUCGCAGGCCACUUACGCGUUCUUAAUCAUAUAUUCACUAUUAAAUGCAGGGAUUGUUCCUAUGGUCUUAAGGAGCAUGUACGAUCCAAAACGAAAGUAUGUUAAUUACCAGAAAAGGGACAUAUUGCAUCUAGAACCAAACUCAGAUCUUCGAAUUCUAACUUGUUUGUACAAACAAGAAAACGUCUCUGAGACCAUUGCACUCCUUCAAUUGUUGUCCUCACCGAACCUUGACUUCCCUAUCACGGUCAUAGUUCUCCACCUUGUGAAGCUAGUUGGUCAGAUCAACCCUAUCAUAGUCUCACAUGACAAGAAGUUGAAAAGGCUUCACAAAAACUCGUACAUCCAUACCGCAAACCUUGCCUUUAAACAGUUCAUGCAAGAAAGCUUAGCGUCUGUAACCGUGACAACGUUCACCGCUUUUUCGCAUGAGAACUUGAUGCACGAAGACAUUUGCACACUUGCACUGGACCGGACGACAUCGAUGAUUAUCGUCCCAUCGGGGAGGAAAUGGACCAUAGAUGGGAUCUAUGAGUCUGACGACAAUGCCAUAAGACAUAUAAACCAGUCAUUACUCGAUAGUGCGCCUUGUUCUAUAGGCAUUUUAGUAGAUCGUGGACAGUUCUCGCGGAAAACCAAUGUAACAAGCAAGAAUAGGUACAACAUUGAUGUCGGUGUACUAUUCAUUGGAGGCAAAGACGAUAGGGAGGCACUAUCAUUGGUGAAGAGGAUGAAACAUAACCCGAGGGUUCGUGUAACCGUGAUUCGACUCAUCUUCAACCAUGAAAUAGAGUCAGAUUGGGACUAUAUUCUUGAUAACGAAGGCUUAAAGGAUUUGAUGAGUACUAAAGACAACAAAGAUAUUGUUUAUACAGAGAGGAUCGUGAACAGUGGUGUUGAGGUAGUCAAAGCUGUCCAAUUGCUUGCAAAAGAGUACGAUCUUAUGGUGGUUGGCAGAGAUCAUGAUAUGACAUCACAAGACUUAUCAGGACUAAUGGAAUGGGUCGAACUACCAGAGUUAGGUGUCAUCGGGGAUUUGCUGGCGGCUAGAGAUCUAAGCUCUAAGAUCUCGGCUGGAAUAAUUCUAGGGCCUCAGCUUUUCGAUAUACUAGAGAAAUCUUCAGGGAAACUAUCGGUGGAUCCUGCGCUGGAUGGAACUGCGGCGUUAAGAUGCAUCUCGGUGUUUGGAACACUAAUGUUUACGUUUCUAAUGACAGUUAGAACCAGCAGGCGAGUGGCGUUCCAUAGCGGAAAACUACCCGUUGUAAUCGGGAUUGUGUCCUUCUUUGCUCCUCUGUUCGGUCUCGGUUUCCAGAACCUUAUCUCUGACAACAUCGACCCUCAUUACAUGCCUCUAAAUAAAGCACUGGGCGAGCGCACUGCGAUUGUCGUAACUCAAUCUUCAAUACUUUUGCCUUCCACUACAUAUAUCUUGCUAGAGCUCAAGAUCAUCAACUCUGAGCUUGGUCGCCUUGCAUUGGCUUCAUGUGUUAUCAACGACAUCUUGGGGAUUUUUUCCAUGAUAGUCGCCUCUAUACAAGCAACCUACAUUCAUGUUUCACAUGCAACAGCCUAUCGUGACAUUGUCGCGGUGAUCAUCUUCUUUCUCGUUGUCUUUCUUGUUUUUAAGCCGAUGGUGCAAUGGGUCAUAAACCGCACACCGGAAGACAAGCCGGUGGAGGAUAUAUACAUUCAUGCCGUGAUUCUGACCGCAUUGGCUUCCGCUGUUUAUUUUGUGUCUUUCAACAUGAAAUACAUCUUAGGACCACUGAUGAUUGGCAUCAUCAUACCUGAGGGUCCACCGUUAGGAUCGGCUUUGGAGGCUAAGUUUGAGAGGCUCACGAUGAAUGUGUUCUUACCAAUCUCAGUCACAUUCAGCGCGAUGAGAUGUGAUGGAGUAAGGAUCGUUAAUCAGUUCACUGACAUCUUCUUCAACAUCUUCCUAACAUUUCUUAUACUUGUCAUAAAACUGGUCGCAUGCCUUGCACCUUGCUUGUACUACAAGUUGCCUCUUAACGAAUCCAUGGCUGUUUCCUUCAUCUUGAGCUACAAAAGUUUUGCUGAUUUCGUUCUCUAUGAAGCUGUAUUAGACGACACGUACAUAUCACAGGCCACUUACGCCUUCUUAAUCCUUUAUUCGCUACUAAAUGCCGGGAUUGUACCUACAGUCUUAAGGAGCAUGUACGAUCCUAAACGAAAAUACCUUAACUACCAGAAAAGGGACAUAUUGCACCUAGAACCAAACUCAGAUCUUCGAAUUCUAACUUGUUUGCACAAAUCAGAAAACGUCUCUGAGACCAUUGCAUUUCUCCAAUUGUUGUCCUCACCAAACCUUCACUUCCCUAUCGCGGUCACAGUUCUUCACCUUGUGAAGCUUGUUGGUCAGAUAAACCCCAUCAUAGUCUCAAACAACAAGAUGUUGAAACGGCUUAACAAAAACUCGUACAUCCAUACCGCAAACCUUGCCUUUAGACAGUUCAUGCUAGAAAGCUUAGACUCUGUAACAGUGACAACGUUCACCGCGUUCUCGCAUGAGAACUUGAUGCAUGAAGACAUUUGCACACUAGCACUUGACGGGACGACUUCGAUGAUUGUAGUCCCAUCGGGGAGGAAAUGGACCACAAAUGGGAUGUUUGAGUCUGACGACAUUGCCAUUAGACAUCUAAACCAGUCAUUACUAGAUCGUGCGCCUUGUUCUAUAGGCAUAUUAGUAGACCGUGGACAAUUCUCGCAGAAAUGUAAUGUAACAAGCAAAAGAAGGUACAACAUUGAUGUUGGUGUCCUAUUCAUUGGAGGCAAAGAUGAUAGGGAGGCACUAUCACUAGUGAAAAGGAUGAAACAUAACCCGAGGGUCCGUGUAACCGUGAUCCGACUCGUCUUCGACCAUGUAAUAGAGUCAGAUUGGGAUUAUAUUUUGGAUAAUGAAGGCUUAAAGGAUUUGAAGUGUGCAGAAGACAACAAAGAUAUUGUUUAUACAGAGAGGAUUGUGACCAGUGGUGUUGAAGUAGUCACCGCUGUCCGAUUGCUCGCCGAAGAGUAUGAUCUUAUGGUGGUCGGGAGAGAUCAUGAUAUGACAUCACAAAACUUGAUAGGACUAAUGGAGUGGGUCGAACUUCCAGAGUUAGGUGUCAUCGGGGAUUUGAUGGCGGCUAGAGAUCUCAACUCUAAGGUAUCGGUUUUAGUAGUUCAACAACAACAACAACAAACAUGACAUGUUUUGAUCGUAGGACUAUGCAUUCUUUUAGGACAAAAUUUUAGAAAAUUUUAACAUGUAUAAAUAGUCAUUCAUUUG